UGAAGGACUCAGGAAUAGAAGGUUAGUAGAGUUAGCAUCCGUGAGUGUUGCUGCUUUUUUACUUUCCUAGAAAAUUCCUCUAAGCUUCUGCCUCAAAAUCCUCCACUGGGUUACUCACAAAAACCAAUCUUGAUUGAUAUAGCCAUGGCCCCUGAAGUUCCUGUGGACGUGUUUUCAGGUUCCGGCAAGGUCUGCGCCAUUAACGCAGGCUACUCCAAGAGGGCUUAUGUGACAUUUUUAGCUGGUAAUGGUGAUUAUGUCAAAGGGGUGGUUGGAUUGGCUAAGGGUUUACGCAAGGUGAAGAGUGCAUACCCUCUUGUUGUUGCAAUCUUGUCUGAUGUUCCUGACGAGCAUCGUCAAAUCUUGAAGUCUCAAGGCUGCAUAGUUCGUGAGAUUGAGCCUAUUUAUCCACCUGAACACCAGAUUCAAUUUGCCAUGGCUUACUAUGUCAUCAACUAUUCCAAGCUCAGGAUAUGGAACUUCGAGGAGUACAGCAAAAUGAUGUAUUUGGAUGCUGAUAUUCAAGUGUUCGAGAACAUAGACCAUCUUUUCGACGCACCAGAUGGCUACUUCUACGCAGUUAUGGAUUGCUUCUGCGAGAAAACAUGGAGCCAUUCUGCUCAAUACUCCAUCGGCUAUUGCCAGCAGUGCCCUGAUAGAGUCACAUGGCCUACAGACAUGGGCUCUCCUCCUCCCUUGUACUUCAACGCCGGAAUGUUUGUCUUCGAGCCCAGCCGUUUGACCUACGACAACCUUCUUCACACUCUCAAGAUCACCCCUCCGACACCCUUUGCAGAGCAAGAUUUCUUGAACAUGUUCUUCGAGAAGACUUACAAGCCACUUCCGCUGGUUUACAACCUGGUUUUAGCCAUGUUAUGGCGCCAUCCAGAGAACGUGGAGGUCGAAAAGGUGAAGGUGGCCCAUUACUGCGCUGCUGGAUCAAAGCCAUGGAGGUAUACUGGGAAGGAAGCUAACAUGGACAGAGAGGACAUCAAGAUGCUAGUGAAAAAAUGGUGGGAGAUAUACAACGACGAGUCGCUUGAUUUGAAGCCUGAAAACUCAGUAGCAGUAGCAGAAGAUGAAACUUUGACAAGGACAUCCAUUAUGGCUUCCAUGCCUGAGCCUGCCAUUUCCUACAUCCCUGCACCCUCUGCUGCUUGAAAAGUUUAUAUAUAAUUGGUCCUUGAGAGAAUAUUUUAAAGUUUGCUGUAAUACUACCCUUUCCCUUUCUUUAUUUUAUAUAUAAUAUAAAUAGUUAUAUAUACCUUUAGUAUCUUUUUUCUUUCCCUUCUUUUCAAAGCUACUUGGCCUCCUUCUUCUUCUUCCUGACCAAACUUCACACAAAAUACUUAAAAAGUGUGAAUAAAAGAAUGUAUUACUUUUGCUUGGAAUAAGUAUAUUUUCUUUCAUA